ACUUUAAGUUAUGCAAGGUCUUUUAACAUACGCAAAACUCAAAGCAGAAUAGAUUUGGCAAAACAUAGUUUUGUGUAUUUUUGUUUAUGCAUCAUCACAGAGAUUUACAUAUUUUAGAGAAAUUUAGGGUUAAUUCAUCUAGGGAAUUAUAUGCGAAUUAUAUCGUAAGAGCUUUAACAGAGGGUUUUCCAAUAUCAUUUCAUGACCAUAUGUUGAUAAUAAAACGGACUUACAAACUUUCAUUCACCCCUUUACACAUCUGUUGGCAUUUUCACAAACAGUAUUUUAUGAAAAAGAUGUGAUCGGGACGUAUACUUUAAGUAUAACAAUUAUAUAAUUAUGAAUAAACAGGUCAGCUUAACAAAUUUGAGGACUCUAUUUUAUAUAAUACAUGUAAUUAAUAAACGAAUAGUUUAACAAAGUUGGGACUCUAGCAUAUGAUUACAUACGCUAGUCAGUUUAACAAAUUUGUGGACAACAAAUAACAUCAGUUAGUUUAACACUAAUGACUCUUUUUAUAUAAUCAUGAAUAAAGACGGUGGAUUUAACAAAGUUGUUAAUCAUAUUAAAUAAUUUCGAAUAACGCCGGUUAAAUAAACAAAGUUGCAGUCAUGGACUAAUAAUAAAUUGUCUAGAAAGGACACUAAAAGACCAUCAUGAAUUAUGGAGGAGGGUUUAAUACAAAACUGAAGACUAUAAUAAAUUGUAACUGAAGGUUUGACAAUCGUAAACAUUUUAAUGAUUUUUAACGGAAGAUGCGACAAGUAACGAAAGGUUUAAUAUAGUUGUGGACACAAUAUUGUAAUGAAAUAACAUGGAAGAUGUCACAAUGCCCACAAUAUUCGUUAAUUAUAGAGUUACAAACUUUAUUACACAUUUAUUAUGAAUACCCCGAUGAAUGUUAUAUAAUUAUGGACAACCAUACAUCACAAUGAGUUAUUACGGAGGGUUCUUCAAGGUCACAGAUACUCUUAGACGUUUUAGUCUACACAGAGAAGACAGCUCGGAUAGUAUCACAUCUCCUCUAUUUGUAGACGAAGAGAAAACUGAUGCGAUUCCGAUGAAGUCUUACGGAGGUAUAACUCACACGCGACUACAAUCCAAUGGCAAUGGGAGAACGCUAGGCGAGCGCUUAGAUCAGAGACAUGGGUUAAUGAUUCUGAGAAGAUUUGUUGUGGAUAUCGUGUGCGCGUUGGCUCUUACUGGAAUUAUAAUGAUGAUGAUAGAAACUGAAUUAGUGUUAUUUCACAGGACACCAAAAACGGAAAUAAUUGUUUUUGUAUUAAAAGUUGGUAUCAGCGCUUCUACUGUUCUUCUAUUGAUUGGGAUUUGUUUCAAUUAUUAUGUGGAACAGCAAAUCAAAGCACUUGAUGCGGGGGUUAGGGACUGGCAUUCUGUGAUAGUGGAUUCCACGUGGCUCUGCCUAAGUGUUGAAUUAUUAGUUUGUUCUAUACAUCCGUUUCCCGGAGACCUUAAGAUAGUUUAUGUUUCACCGGAAGGCGUAUCAAAAAAGGUCAGCGUAGACGCUGUUCUUUCAAUUUUAAUGAUGGCAAGGCUUUACUUAAUAGCAAAAUUUGCUGUUGUUCACAGUCGCUUACUUACUGAUACGUCAACGACAAGUAUAGGAGCUUUGAGUAAAAUAAAAAUCAAUACGGUGUUUGUGUUCAAAGCUGCCAUGACAAAUUAUCCUAACCGACUGCUUAUCGCAGUUAUGUUAACAACACUUAUUGUCAAUAGUUGGGCUAUGAGGACAUGUGAGAAUUAUUACCUCGGUCCCAAUGAGCCAACAACAUACAUGGAAGUCAUGUGGCUAAUCGCAACAACAUUUCUGACGGUAGGUUACGGUGAUAAAAUUCCUCAAAGCUAUUGUGGACGAUAUAUUUCGAUAUGUACAGGUGUCAUGGGUGUGGGGACAACCGCUCUACUCGUUGCAGUUUUGGCGCGAAACUUGGAACAGACGAGAUCAGAACGCUACGUUUUCAACAUGGUGACGCGGAUCCAAAUUGAAAAUCGCAGAAAAGUUGCUGCAGCGAACGUUAUAAAAUCGUGUAUAAAUCUGUGGCGUGUAAAACAGUAUUAUCCGGAUGAUAAAGUGUUGCGAAGGAAAUAUAUGGAUAGCCUUAAAACAUACAUACGACAACUGAGACUUACAAACAUUGAAAAAGCCCAUGUUGGUGAAUUUAAUGUCGGUAUUAUAGAAGUUUCGGAAACGGUCAACAGAAUAGCGGACGACGUUGGAAAGAUAGAUAAAAAGAUAAAUGGCCUAGAAACUGCCCAAGAUAUCUUUGCAAAUCGGUAUCUUAAUAUAGAGAAUAAAUUGGAUGAAAUAAAGUCUACCAUACAAAGUAAAAAGUAAACCAUGCAGGAACACUAUUGAUGCAAAUAUAUAUGUAUAUAUAAAAUAGGAAAUAUCCAAGAGCGCUUAUUUAACUUGUACAAAUUGAGGGACAUCAUUGUAUUAUGUAUCGUUUGUCGUAGAUUUGUAACAUAGGUUCAAAAAGAAAUAGUAAGUACAUGUUUUUAGUUUGCAAAUAAUGCCUGCUGAAUUUUAAAUGAUCUAACUUUACCACAAAAAUGCUAUCUAAAACAGAUAACGGAACACAUAUAAACAUUGAAAUAGAUAUGACUGAAGGCGUAUGUAGUUUAAUUUAAUUUACAAUCACUCGCAAAAAGUAGAAAAUAAAACAUAUCCCACCUAUA